UGGACCCACCAGCCAGCCGGUAGAGAAGCGGAGUCCUGCCGCGUAGGACUCAGUUGUCUGCGUUGCCGGCCCGCCGGCCCUCGGAGCCCGGCCAUGUCCUGCUACAUCUACCAGCUGCCCGCCUGGGUGCUGGACGACCUGUGCCGCAACAUGGACGCGCUGAGCGAGUGGGACUGGAUGCAGUUCGCCUCCUAUGUGAUCACAGACCUGACCCAGCUGCGGAAGAUCAAGUCUAUGGAGCGGGCGCAGGGCGUGAGCAUCACGCGCGAGCUGCUGUGGUGGUGGAGCAUGCGGCAGGCCACCGUCCAGCAGCUGCUGGACCUCCUGUGCCAUCUAGAGCUCUACCGCGCCGCCCAGAUCAUCCUCAACUGGAAAUCAGUUCCUGAAAUCAAGUCUUCCAUCCCAGACUUCUUGGAUACGGUGAAGCCAGGAAAGCCUUUGGCAGCUUCUGUAAGAAACGCUGAUGAUGAACAAGAAACGGAGCAGCCCAUGAGGCCAGCCACCUUUCCAGGCCCGGGGCCUGCUCCAGCCAGAGCUAGCCCCUGGGGCCCUGCUGAAGAUGCCUCUCCUUCCGUAAACACCGACCUACCAGCCUCAUCCGAUUCAAAGGAUUUCAGCACCUCCAUUCCUAAGCAGGAGACACUUUUGAGCCUGGCUGAUGACAGCCUUUUCUGGAGCGAGGUGGACGUGGUCCAGGCAACUGAUAACUUCAACCCAAACCACAAAAUCAGUGAGGGGACCUUUGCUGACAUCUACAGAGGGCAAAGGCUCGGCACUCCAUUCAUCUUCAAGAAGCUCAGAGAGGUGCCCUGUUCAGGUCCAGGAUCAAUUGAAAAAUUCUUCCAGGUAGAGGUACAAAUUUGUCGUAGAUGCUGCCACCCCAAUGUCUUACCUCUGCUGGGCCUCUGCACUGGAGAACAGUUUUACAGCUUGAUCUACCCGUACAUGGCAAAUGGUUCUUUACAGGACAGACUCCAGGGUCAGGGUGGCUCGGACCCGCUCCCCUGGCCCCAGCGUGUCGUCAUCUGCUCAGGGCUGCUUCAUGCCGUGGAGCAUCUGCAUGGCCUGGAGAUCAUCCAUGGCAACGUCAAGAGCUCCAAUGUCUUGCUGGACCAAAACUUCACCCCCAAGCUGGCUCAUUCGAUGGCUCACUGGUGUCCUGUCAACAAAAAGUCAAAAUACACCACGGUGAAGACCCGCCUUUUCCAGGCCUCCACUGCAUACCUUCCAGAAGAUUUCAUCAGGGUGGGGCAGCUGACAAAGCGAGUGGACAUAUUCGGCUGUGGAAUAGUGUUAGCUGAGGUCCUCACUGGCAUCCCCGCGAUGGACGACAACCGGAGCCCGGUUUACUUGAAGGAUUUACUCCUCAGUGAAAUUCCCAGCAGCACCACACGGCUCUGCUCCAGUAAGACAGAUGUGGAGAAAGUGAUGGCCAAGGAGAUCUGCCAGAAUUACCUGGAGAAGAGAGCAGGGAGGCUGCCAGAGGCCUGCGCCGAGGCCUUGGCCAUGGCCGCCUGCCUCUGCCUGCGGAGGCGCAACGCCAGCCUGGCGGAGGUGUGUGGCUCUGUGGCUGCUGUGGAAGAGCAGCUGAGAGGUCAGGAGACGUCGCUCCCUUGGAGUGGUCUUUCCGAGUGCACAGGCUCUUCCUCCAAUACCCCAGAAGAAACGGACGACGUGGACAAUUCCAGCUUCGAAGCCUCCUGCUGCAUGAGGGAGGCACCCUGGGCCGGGGCUGCCUACUCGCCUCCCCGCCCAGCGGAUGGAGAAAGCGAGCUGCCGGCUGGUGGGGCAGUGGAAGCUGACUCCUCCUCUGAGGCCUGCGCCAGUGCAGAACCUCCCCAGGAUGGUGAGUGGAAGAAGAGAGAGAGCGUGUAAGCUUCAUUCUAACAUUGCCCCCCACCCCCAGGGGAGAAGCAUGGAAGCCCCUCCUCUCUGAAAGGUGGGGGCAGGUGACAGGCCUUCCCUGAAAAGGCAGAAGCAAUGACAAUGCUCAUUCCACUCAGGGCCUGAUUCAGAAGUCCGAUUUAAGUGAAAAACUCUGACCAAGUCUGACUUUCUAAGAAUUAUAACAACUGUUUCCAAAUACCUUUUGUUCAAGUUCUUUACUUUCCAUUGAAUGUCAGCUACAGAGACUUCGUGGAAAAUUGAGAUCAAUGAGGCCAAAAAGAAACUGAUGGAGAAUAUCCGGCUCUACAAAGAAGAGAAACUGGAUAGCAUUGAGCUUUUUGGCCCUUGAUGACUCGAACAUAGCUGAGGACCCUCGUCCUCCAUCGGAAAAAUGAACGUCAAUCGAGAAAAAGGUCUAAGGAAGAAUCAAGAUCUCCCAGGAAACACCAAACAUCAGCUUCCCUUGGGUGGCGGCAGAGACACUUCCAUUUUACCAGAGUGAGUUAGGGGAGACGGGACCUCAGCUUUCAGAGACACAGAAAUCCAUGAAGUCCUCUUCCUUUCUGAGAUUCGUCAAUCAGAGCUCUGGGUUAUCAGGAGACUGAAGGGGAAACCCUGAUACACGAGCCCAGGAUGUGGGCGAUUUUGUGGUUCCGUGGAGCAUGUGACAAUAACCACCCCUAUAGAUGCCAUUGCCUGGCUCUCACCCUUGACAAACCGAUUGAGCAUUCUGAGCGCUGAUGGAACUUUCCAAAGCUAAGAUCUCUGGGUAAUAUUUGCUACCAACCGCCUGCAAACUUCCAUGACCUUUACAUGAAAGACUUUCAACUUGUGUCCCAUUUCGGUUCUUCACUCCCUCGUCAAGGUCUCAAGUUUUACAAAUGCCAGACACCUGGCAGAAGGCUCUGGAGGUUUUCUGCUUUCUCUUUCAGAAAUAUUGCAGCCCACAGAUAUUUAUUUAAUGCCCACUCUGCACCUUUAUCCUCCCAUUCCACUAAUGCUAAUAUUUUAAAUAGAGUUUUUAUUUAGAGAGUAUGUAUUAUUUAUGGCUGUAGAUAAAGAACCAGGAGAACUAGGUUCAUGUUUGAUUCUGCUGCUAAUUUACUUUCUGGAACCUCAGUUUCCUUGUAAGUAACAUGCAUUCAUCCUCCCUCCCUGGGCUGUUGGGGAGGAACGGGUGAGACAUGGCUGCAGAAAUACUUUGAAAAUGCACUUGUCCUGUUUUGUUAAAUAAAUUUUUAAAAAGACA